GGGUGCCAGUGACGCCAUCUUGAAAUCGUCCCGAGCAGAGGGGGCGAGGAGGAGACGGACUUGGGAAAAUCAGCUCGUCCUAAACUCGACAGCUACGUGGAUUAACGGCAGCUUCAGCGGCUAGUGCUAUCAUAUGAUAGUCUUUCCGCUUGUUCGUUCGAAUCUUUUGGACCGGGAACGGUUGUUUGGCCCACUUUGGAGAGGGCUGUCGCAGCGGGAGGGGGGGAAAGGCAGUCUGGUAAUCGGUUGUUUCCCUGCUGGAGCGGACGGAGCCGUGGUUGUGGCCGGGCAGCCCAGCCGGACGAAGCCUAAAACCUCUGCACGGAAUAUAACACCUAAGAUAAAGCUUUUAAAUUCUUUUUUGCAAAUAGCGGGAGAGUGGAAAUGCUCCCUUUCGACGCAGUUUGGACAUUUUGAGAGCUAUGCGACGGAGCUCGCCUAGGAGAAGUUUGAUUGGAGAGCGGAGUGCGUUUGAUUUGCAGUCCGAUGGAUGUUAGCCCUGCCCGGCUGUGGCUCGGGUCUGUGCACCGUUUAUCUGAAAAAUAGCACCACCGGGCACAGGUGAACAAUGCUGCUGUUGCAGACCUGGCAAGUACACGAUAACCCCGGCUCCAGUGCCAUCAGUUCACCCUGCAUUGCUUGUGUAUAAACCUGGAAAUACCAGCGACCAUCCCCUCCUCCUCCUCCUCUUCUUCCUCUUCUUCAUCAUCCUCCCGUCUUCUUUUUUUGGACUAGUGAGGCUUGCAUUACCUGGGAUGUUUUGGAUGUAGCCUCGAUCUUGACUUUUUUUUUUUUAAAGAUGCAAUAUUUCCAGAGACAACAAGACAUUUAAUUUGACUCAAUCGUUUUGAGAUCUUUUGAAAAAUUUUCUGGAGCUUUUUGUGCUUUUGUAAAAUUCUCUUUCUAGUCAAGAGGAUCCGAUUCGGAUGGAAAAUGGGAGACGCCACCAAAUUGGCCUUCGCCGUUUUCCUCAUCUCCUGCUCUUCAGGCGCCAUCCUGGGACGCUCAGAGACGCAGGAGUGCGCCUACUACAACUCCAGCUGGGAGAAGGAGCGGACUAACCGCAGCGGCAUCGAACCCUGCUAUGGCGAGAAAGACAAGAGGCGGCACUGUUUCGCCACAUGGAAAAAUGUCUCCGGGACUGUGGAGAUUGUCAAGCAGGGAUGCUGGUUGGAUGAUGUCAACUGCUACGACAGUAACGAGUGUGUGGAGAGGAAGGAGAGUCCCGAUGUUUUCUUCUGCUGCUGUGAAGGCAACAUGUGCAACGAGAGGUUCCUGUACGCCCCUGAAGCGCCCCCGCAGAGCGACCCGCACCAUUCGACCGCCUACACCACCUCCAACCCGUUCUCCCAGAAGCCCCAGCUCUUCAGCACCCUGCUUUACUCACUGGUUCCCAUCAUAGGCCUGGCCGCGGUCGUCCUCUUCUCCUUCUGGAUGUGGAGGCACCACAAACUGGCGUACCCAGCUGCCCUCGUCCCCACACAUCACGCCUUUCACAUUAUGGUGGAGGAUCCCGGACCCUCACCCCCAUCCCCAAUUCUGGGACACAAACCUCUGCAGCUGAUCGAGGUGAAAGCCAGGGGGCGCUUCGGCUGUGUGUGGAAGGCGCAACUGCUGAACGAAUACAUGGCUGUUAAGAUCUUUCCCAUCCAGGACAAGCUGUCUUGGCAGAACGAGUACGAGAUCUACAGCAUGAGCGGCAUGAAGCACGAAAACAUCCUCCACUUUAUCGGUGUGGAGAAGAGGAACAACAACCUGGACCUGGAGCUGUGGCUCAUCACCGCCUACCACGACAAGGGCUCAUUGACAGACUACCUGAAGGCCAACGUGGUGUCCUGGAACGAGCUCUGCCACAUCGCUCAGUCAGCAGCCCGCGGUCUCGCCUACCUCCACGAAGAUAUCCCAGGACACAAGGACGGGCACAAGCCCUCCAUCGCUCACAGGGACAUUAAAAGUAAGAAUGUGUUGUUGAAGAAUAACCUGACAGCCUGCAUAGCUGACUUUGGCCUCGCUCUGAAGUUUGAGGCAGGAAAAUCAGCAGGAGACACACACGGACAGGUGGGAACACGACGUUACAUGGCUCCCGAAGUCCUGGAGGGCGCAAUCAACUUCCAGCGUGAUUCAUUUUUGCGCAUCGAUAUGUACGCCUUUGGCCUCGUCCUGUGGGAGCUGGCAUCACGGUGCACCGCUGCCGACGGACCAGUAGAUGAGUACAUGCUCCCCUUUGAGGAGGAGGUGGGUCAGCACCCAUCUCUGGAGGACAUGCAGGAGGUGGUGGUGCAUAAGAAACUGCGGCCCUGCCUGCGAGACUGCUGGCAGAAACACACGGGUCUGGCCAUGCUUUGCGAAACCAUCGAGGACUGCUGGGACCACGAGGCCGAGGCACGCCUGUCCGCCGGCUGCGUCGAAGAGCGCAUCGGACAGAUGCAGCGCCAGGCGCCCGUCAUCGGCCCUGAGGAGAUCGUCACGGUUGUCACCAUGGUGACAAACGUGGACCUCCCACCCAAGGAGUCCAGCUUAUGAUCAGCCAAUCAGCCGACGCCAGACGAGCUCUAGCGAAAACACAGAUCAACACGAGGGGAUAAAUGGCCAACCCUGGUUGGUUGGCUUUGUGGGGGGGUUUUCUUCUUCUUCUUCUCCUUUGAUUUUUUUUUUCCUUCCUGUUCUUUUAAGUGCGGGCCGCUGCUCGCAUUCAGGAAACGCCCCUUGCGCCCGCCUCACCACAUCAGUUGACAUCCACCUCAUUUUGAUAGGCGUGCUUGAGGAUUUUAACGUUGAACUCUCUGCCAUCCUGAGCGGACUCACUCAGGAUGUUUUACCAAGCCACAGCACUGACAUGCUGGGACAACACUCUACGGACACUUUGAUCAUGUAUUGUUUUUAUAUACACAUAUACAUGCAAACGCACGCACACAGACACACACACAGAUGUAGGAGGGCGACGUGUUCUGCUCUGAGAAGAUUCUUCGGAGAAAUUUCACAAAACUCUCGGUGCAUUUUAGUGUUAAAAAACAACAAAAGAAGAAAAAAAAAGAAAAGACGAGCGUCCGGCUCUUGAUACAUUUGCUGUUUUCUCGUGUGUUUUUUUUUCCUUUUUCUUUUGUUUUUUUUGGGAGACUAUCGUUCUGCCAAUAAGCAACGGCUUCUGAAUGUUUAUAGUGUAAUGCUGCUGUACAUAGUGUAUUAUGGACCCAGACAACUUGGUAAUCAAGCUUAUUUUAAAUGGGGGGGGGAAUGGGGAGGGGGGUCCAUUUUCAAGCAUUACGACGAUAAAAACCAUAAACCUCCUUCAACCAGGUAUACCUCAGUUCAGAUGGACAGUUUUAAAAAAAAAAAUCAGUCCCUCUCUCCCUGUUCAUGGUCAUCGCUCGCACUUCCUUUACAACCUUUUGGCCCUUCGUCAAUCAACAAAGCCUAGACACACACAGACACACACGGCCAUACAAACCGUAAAAAAAACAACACAACUUUUUCCCUUCUUCGUCCCCUUCCUUUCUCUCAGUGUCUACUUCAACUUUCUCCUGUUGUUGUUUUUUUUUUUUUUUU